CAUGGUGGGGGUACUCAUAUGUUUGUAGUGUUUGUGUACAAACUUAACCGAAGUAGUGCUUUAUUUGUACGUCUUAAUUCUAGUUUACAUUCCAAAAAACUUCAUACCGAAUAUCUGUAUUUUCUAUUUUUUUAAGCAUUUUGUGACGAUGGUUAGGCUAGCAUCAGAAUUUGACGAUUGUCAGUGGAUAUUGCUUUCUGGAGAGGUGCAUGUCACUUCUCAGUUUUCCGUGUGCUGGUUGUUAAUAGACCCGUAAAAUGCCCGAGAAUAUGCCGAAGCAGACCAAGCGUAAAAUAACAGUUGAAGCCGGCCCUAGUAAGAAUAAGGAUUCCCUUCGGAGACCCAGUGUAUUCGAACGUUUGGGAACCAAAGCGACAUUAUCCACAUCAAGUGGUCAGCCAAACAAAGACAAUUUCUGUCAUCACUGGGUCCAGACUGGUACCUGCACGUAUGGAAAAAACUGCAAGUAUGCCAAUACACACACUCUAAUCAGUCCGUCAAAACAGCGAGCUGCAAUAAAAGAUGGAGAUAAUAAACCGAAGCAGAUCCAUAGCUCAAAACCACCAACGAAAGAGGAUGUUAAUAAACGUCUCCACUCCACAGUUGUUGUGAAAAAGACACGAAGUCCAGAUUUGAACUGGGAGAAGUGGGAUCAGACAGACCUGGAAUAUGCAGAUGAAAAAGCUUUGGAGAAAAGACGCCAGCUGCUGCAAAGAGAACUAGAGCUACAAAUGAAAAGAGAGAAGGAGGAACAACAACGGCAAAAAAAGGACAAGAAACCAAAAAAGCAUGGUGGGCCCAGCAGUUCAUCAUCAACAUCGGGCACCACAACCUCUUCAACAGAUUCUAGCUCAAGCAGUGACGAUACCAGCUCAACAUCAAGCAGUAGUUCAACAGAUACUCGACAUAGGAAGCUAAAAUCCAAGAAAAAUAAGCGUGAUUCCAGUUCCUCUUCUGAGACUGAUCAUGGGCUAAAGAAGAAAUCAAGAAUGCGAAAAACAACAGGGAAAAAUGGAAGUCCUUUACCUUCAAUGAAAAAAGCAGUCCUCCCAUCACGACACAGUGAUGAUCGUGGAGGCAGUCUACAAGGUUCAUCAUUGGGAAGCAAGAGACGUGAUCCCUCACCUGCAUCCAACCCACACCGAAAACUUUCUGCUUCCGUCAUUGGUGCACCUCAGGCAUCAAAAAGUUCAUCACAACUAGCAUCUUGUAGUGGCAGUGGAACUGGCAGUGGAGGUGGGAGGAGGCGUUCUGACACACCUCCACUUCGAGGAUCUAGUGGUCAUCGACGGCGCUCCAUUACACCACCCCACAAGGGUAAAGGCCUCAGAUCAUCAUCCCGUUCGUCACUGAACAACAAGACGAACAGUGUAAAGCAUAACCUGUCACCUCGCCCAAAUAGAUCUUUGUCAUCUGAUCGAAAAGAUAAACGUAACAGGAGCAGCUCUCCACGAUCACAAGCAAGAGACAGGGAGAGAGACAGAGAGAAAGAACGUGAGAAAGAAAAAGAAAAGGAAAAAGAGAGAGAAAGAGAGAAAGAAAGAGAACGUGAAAGAGAAAAAGAAAAGGAAAGGGAAAAAGAGCGUGAACGUGAACGAGAACGAGAAAGGGAAAAGGAAAAGGAGCGUGAACGUGAGAAAGAGAAGGAACGAGAGAGGGAAAGAGAUCGAGGCAGAAGUCGAUCUCCGAAAGCGAAAGGGAAAGAACAUUUAUCUCGCUCCCCAAGGAGGUCACCGAGGCCUUCUAAAGAUACCAGGAAGAAGGACUCUCCUGAUUUAGGAAAUUCAAAGGAUAAAAAUUACAGAACUUCUCCAGGUAAACCUCGGAGUCUCAGUAAUAGUGGCAGAGCACGGGAUAGCAGUUUAGAUAAUAAGCGACUUUCAGGGAAAAGCUCACCAAAUAUUGUUAGGGAUGUAGAAAGAACAGAUGCAAGCAGGGAAGGACGUGACAGCUGGGGCAAGCCAUCUGAUUCAAGGAAAGACUAUGACAGAAUCAGAGACAAAGAAGUUGAUCGCAAAAAAGAUGACAGGCGGCUGGAGAUUCCAAAAGAGCGGACAGUAAGCAGUCUAGAGCGUACAACUGUAAGGACAACCAAGGAUGAUGUUACUAAUUCAUGUGGAAGACGUGAUGACAUCCGUAAACGAGAUCCGCCACCACCACCACCACCGAUUUUGGGACCACUUGAUAAACCAGCUUCAGAACGUGACUUUAGUGUUAAAGGUCGAGAGCACGAUAAUGAAAGGGACAGGAUUCGCGUUAGAGAUACACGUGAUUCAAGAGACUUGAGGGAUCGUGACAAUAAGGACACCAGUCGUGAUGGUAGUGAUCUCAGAAUUGGUCGCGAUCGUGACAGAGAUUCAAGAAAGGACCGUGAUGAAACUGUCAGAGACCAUGACCGUGAUAGAGAUCGUGAAAGGGAGAGGGAUCGUGAACGUGAUAGAGAGCGUGACCGUGAGCGAGAAAGGCGAGAUCGUGAAAGAGAAAAGGAACGUGACAAAGGUCUCAAUAAAGCACGUGAAUAUGAGCGUGAAUUACCAUCGCUGUUGUCAUUAGCAACACAGCAUCCUAAUCUUGGAGGGCUUGGUGCAAAAGCAACAACAUUACUGAGUGCUAAUUUGGAAAGUAGUAAGAGUCUAGACAAAGGCAUCGGUGGCCUAGGAGGAGGCCUCGGUAGUCUCGGAUUGGACCGAAGUGGUCUGGAUAGAGGGGGCCUGGAUAGAGGGGGCCUGGAUAGGACUGUUCUAGACAGAACCGGUUUGGAUAGGAGUGGAGUAGAUAGAGGUAUAUUAGAUAGAGGUGGUUUAGAUAGAGGUGGUUUAGAUAGAGGUGGAUUAGAUAGGAAUGGCUCAGAAAGAGGUGGCUUAGACAGAAGUGGACUCGAUCGAGAUAGGGAGAGGGAUAGAGAUCGUGAGAGGGACAGGGAUCGUGACCGUAAUUCUCUUCGUGGUUCUGAUAGAGAUAAGGACCGGGACAGGGACAGGGACAGAGAUAGGGAUAGGGAUAGGGAUAGAGACAGGGACAGAGAUAGGGACAGGGAUAGAGACAGAGACCGAGAAAGGGAUAGAGAUCGAGACCGAGAUCGAGAUCGUGACAAGGACAGAGAACGUGAUCGUGAUAGGGAGAGAGACAGGGACCGAGAUCGAGAUCGUGACAGAGACAAGGACCGAGAUCGUGAAAGAGAUCGUGACAGAGAUCGUGAUCGGGGAUCAGACAGAGAACGCGAUAGAGAUCGUGAUCGUGAAAGAGAUCGCGAUAGGGGUUCAGAUCGAGCUCUGGCACGUAUUGCUGCUGAGAGAGGACUCUCUCGUGGUUCUGACAGUAGAAGUGAACGAGAUCGGGAUCGGGAUCGUGUCGUGGAGCGUGACCGUGACCGCGACCGUGACCGUGACAGGGAUCGGGAUCGGGAUCGAGAUCGGGACAGAGACCGAGACCGAGACAGAGAUAGAGAUCGGGACCGUACUUUUGACAGGUCUGCUGAUAGGGACAGAGUUAGCAGCUUUGAUAGAGGGGACCACGAUAGAGGUGGUGUUGGAUUUGAACGUUCAGGGCUCAUUGACACUCGAGAUAGUCUUGUUGAAAGAGAUUAUGCACUACCAGCACGUGGUCGUGAUGCAGAUAACAGACGACAGGUUUCUGCUGAUGAUAAGGGCUAUGAUAGUCCUUUUGAUAAUCGAAGAGGCCGUGAUGACAGAUCACGUUAUGGUGAAGGUCUAGAAAGAGGCCGUUAUGAGGAAGGGGCAGCCACAAGAGAUGAUAGAUUAGUCGACAGGCGUCUGGAUCAACGAGGUUAUGGGGAAGAACGUCGAGGGCGGCGUGACACAGGUUUAGAUACUCUGCGUGGCCGGGAGCUAUGGGAAGGACCACGUACUGAUCGUGAUCUGCUAUACGAGCGAGAUGAUCCGCGACCUACUGGCCCAACAAUAAAGGGACGUGACUGGGAUGCACCAAGGGACUAUACUGAGGGACGAAGGGAAUGGGACGGCCGAGGUGGAAGGCGUGUGCCCCCUGCUGAUUGGGAAGCUUCUGUUCGAGGAGACUGGGCUGAGAAGGAAGUGGGGCUCAUGGCGCCUCUGGAGGAUGAGUGGGGUUUCCCAGUGGCUGGUACUGCUGACUGGCCACCACCACCACUAGCUCCUCCUGGGCCAUCCACUUUAGCUGAUCGUCGUGGCGGUUGGGGGGCAGCUGCUGCAGACCCUUGGGCUGAGCCUCUUGUUCCUACACCUCUCGGUCGACCGCCACCUACUCGUCUUCUGCCACAUGAACCUCUUGGCCUCUUAGAGCUUGACCCAGGGCUAAGGGAUGACAGUGUUAGGAUGCCACAUGAUGAACUUUUGGAUACAGAACGGAUAGUGGAGUUGAAGGAGGACAAGCUGCUGGAUGUGAAACUGGAUGACAGUAUGAAGAAGACAGUUGAUGUAUCUGAUAGCUUGCUUCAUGGAAAGCGAGCUCGAGAUAAUCUGGAAAUGGCCUCUGAUAAACCAGAUGGAAAGAAGAUUUGUUUGGAGGAUCCUGUAUGUCACGAAGUGGAUCUUAGUGAUAUUAGUGAUGAUGAUGCUGAUGAAAUUCUCAACAGAGAAGACAGUGUGGAGGAGCUGGCAACAGUGGAUAAUGAAGGACCUGGCCUCCCACACAGUAGUGAGGAGGCUGUCGGUGAUCUGUUCUCCAGAGCCCAGGAUGAUGAUUCAGAUGUACCAAGUAACAUGCAGGUGCCUAAGGAGGUACCAACAUCCUUAGCUGCAUCCAUAUGUGUGAAGGAUCAAGAAGGUGGGGAUCAUGACACUGCAGAGCAUGAGGAGCGUACAUUGGUUGUGUCCGAUUCAGCACGAGAAGCUGACAACAGAGAGAUUUUUGGUGCUUCUAGAAUGGAUGACAGACCACAUGAUGAAGAAACAAUUGACCAUCUGGACUUCGAGGAUAUAUCAGAUGAGGAAUUGCAAGAGGAGUCCAAAGCUGGUAAAGGCAUUGGGGACGCUUUGGGUGUAGAUUGGGCAAGUUUGGUUGCGGAAUCAAGGCCUAGAACAGAAUCUGUACGAGGUUCAGCACGUCGCCGUUGGGAAGCAAAGUGCAUUCUAUCCAGGAUUGGUGUUUCUGAGCGUUAUCUUGGAGGUGCUGAAGCUGUUGCGGAACUUACUGAACAAUUGGAACAGGAUAGCAAAGGUGACAAUAAAGAAAACAAACCAGUCGGAGAUAACCAAGAGUGUCCUCCAGCUGAAGAAACCACAAAGGAACCAUUGUUCCUACAUCCUGUGGCAGGAAUACACGUAGCAUUGCGUGACAGAGCAGCAAGAAGGAAGGCAUUAUUUGCUAGUUGUGGUCCAUACAGAAGAGCUCUCUCUGCUCGCAGGGAUCUUGCUGUCAGUUUUGAUUUCAGGCGUCAGCUGUGCAAUUUACCAGUGAAAGAGACAAGUGUGGAAUCAUCACAGACAAAUUCUGACAGUGAUUUGUUUCGUCUCAGUGUCCAGUUAUUUGAACGAAGCCUUUAGCAGUGUCAAAGAGACAUAUUGAAAUUUAAGUCUUCAGUGAGUUGAAGUCCUGCAGUUCUGAUUUGACUCUGACUGCCGCAUUUGGGAUGAAUCUCGCCAAUGAGACCACACUCAAGGAGAACUAUCAGUAUAGUCCAAAUGGCUGCAAAGAGACUAGUUACUGCAGCAGCCCUUUUCUUGUAAAUGCUAAAUGAAUUGUAGAAUGUAUAUUCUAAUGUCUGUCUCCCUCAGCAUAUUGUACAAUUACAGACUCAUGAAUAUUUUAGAGUAAAAUAGUAAUACAAUUGUGAGUUGUAAGGACCUCAUCAUUUCAGAGAUGUUGUAUUUGUUCUUUUAAGAUGAUUUGUUUAUUUGUACUUGUGUCAUAGCUCUAAAGUCUGCAUUUGUUUCAUGUACUCUAUUUGAAGUUUUGAUUGUAUAUCAAAUAUAAACUGGUGUGUGUGUGUGUGUGUGUGUGUGUGUGUGUGUGUGUGUGUGUGUGUAUUUAUGUGUAGCCAUUUUCCAUUUUGUCAGGAUAUUGACUGUAUCUGAAGUAAUUUACAGUACCGGUUUGUUUCUUUGUAAAUAGGAGAAAACUGUGUUUACUUGCAAGUGCUGUAUUCUUGAGAUGUUUGUAUUUAACAUUGCCCUGUUUCACAUACAUGUUCUUCGCAAAAUAAUUGUUUUGGUGUUGUAAUACAUGUGCACAAUACAGUGUCA